AUCCCCUGUGCGAAGUAGUACUGACUCCAAAGUUUCCGAGCAGCCGCAGGGCGAGGGCCUCCAGGUAAGAAGCCGCGCCCCAACCUGGGGCGGAGCUGCAGAGCCGUUUGGCCCCGGGCGUGGCGGGCAGAUCCGGGCGCCCGGGGCGAGGGCGUGGAGCCCGCAGGAGCUCGGCCAGCAGGCGCGGCUUGGCGACACUGUUGCAAGCCCCGGCCAGAGAAUCGCCGCGCGUCCGGCCCCUCUCCGUGCCAGUCGGGCGCUAGUUCGGGCCCCUGGGCGACCAUGGCGACCACCACGCUGGGCGGCUCGGAAGCCGGCUACAUCCGCACCGUGUUGGGCCAGCAGAUCCUGGGCGAGCUGGACAGCUCCAGCCUGGCGUUGCCCGCCACGCUGACCGGCGGCCGGGCCGAGGCUCAGAAGUCGAUGCGAAUCCAGCGGCAGGUUCAGCAGACCCUGGCCCGAAAGAGCAGGAGCGUCGCGGGCAACGGGAGCCUGCAUCGAACUGCUAGCGUUCCAGAAUACGUGCACAAUCUGGAUACGAUUGAAACGGAUUUUGCCUCACGACCUGCUGUUAGGACUUUGUAUUAUCAGUCUCAUCAGAAAAGCUCCCCAAUUACUUAUGAAAAUGGCUGGGGUCCUCGAAGUAUGCAGUAUAGUGCAUAUAAGUCUAUAGAAGAGAGGUCUCAAAGGCAGCCACUGAAGAGGCUGGAGGUUUCUCCCGAUGGUCCUGACAAGUUGGCUUAUCUGCAGAACGGCCUGCAGUACAACAGAGGUCUAAGCCUAAGGCCUGGAGAAAGCUGGAGAUCCAACAUUAUGCCACCAAGAUAUGCUCGCUCUGAGGCUGGUGGUUAUGGUAGCUCUAGCCUCUUACAUAGGGGGAGCAACAUCCAGAGGCAUUUCUAUGUGGGGUCUGUCCAAGACACAAUGGACAGUGUCCCUACCAGUCCAAGCAUGCCGGUCUAUCAGCAAAUCAGGAAUAGUCGGAGCAUGACCAACCUUCUGGAUAAAGAGAGUUUCCAGAAUUCUGAUGCGGCUAUGGGACAAGUCAGGUUGCCUCUGACUUCCCAAAUGGGAUCUCAACACAGGCAGUCAAUGAGGUCCAGCUGGCAUCAGAGUAACUUCCGGACACAGAACACGAGGGAGUCCUCUCAACCAGCUUCAGUCACCAGUGCCACCGCUGAGACAGGUGGGAGGAAGAUGGUAAUGACAGCAGCUAUGGCAGCUGCAGCAGGAAGUGGUCUCUUGGAGCAAGAAAGAGUAGCCACCACCAGGUCUCAACUUGGGAGUCCAGAAGAGGAGAUGACUCUGGAGCGUGCCGUACAAAUACUGCAGACUGAGAAGGCCCCAUCCCCUCGAGUCCUUGCAGCUAUCAUUUUUAUUCAGCAUGAGAGCUUCCAGAGAGCAGAUGCCAGGCGGAAAGUCUAUUUGCUGCAAGGUAUUCCCAAGCUCCUUGAAGUUCUGAAUGUGCAAAAUGAGGAGAUUCAGAGGGCGGCCAGUGGUGCUUUGAGGAACCUGGUGUAUGAAGACAAUGACAACAAGCUGGAAGUAUCAGAGCAGAAGGGAAUCCCAAUCCUGUUGAGGUUAUUGCGGCAAACAGGAGAUGUGGAGACAAAAAAGCAGAUUACAGGCUUGUUAUGGAACCUGUCCUCCAAUGACCAGCUGAAGAACGUGUUGAUCCGAGAGGCCCUGCAGCCUUUGACUGAGACUGUUCUCAUCCCUCACUCGGGCUGGCCAGAAAGAGACUAUCCCAAAUCAAGUGUUGUGCCUGACCCUGAUAUUUUCUACAACGCUACAGGAUGCCUGAGAAACAUGAGCUCUGCUGGACCUGAAGGAAGGAAAAAAAUGAGAGAAUGUAAUGGGCUGAUUGAUUCGUUGGUGUAUUACAUACAAGGAACAACUGCAGACCAUCAGCCUGAUGACAAGGCCACAGAGAAUUGUGUAUGCAUUCUUCAUAAUCUCUCCUACCAAUUAGAAUCUGAGCUGCCAAGUAGUUAUACCCAGAAUAUCUAUACACAAAGAAGAGAUGUUUCCCCCAACAACAAUAGCAUUGGAUGUUUUGGAUCAAGGAGCAGAAAAGCAAAGCAGAAACAGCAGGACCUGCCAUUGCCAGAGGAAAAGAGCAACCCCAGUGGCAUUGAAAAACUCUGGCACUCCACACUGAUAAGGAUAUAUCUGUCCUUAAUAGCAAAAAGCUCAAGGAACUUUACCUGGGAAGCAUCAUUGGGAGCACUUCAAAACCUCACAGCAGGCAACGGACCAAUGCCAUUUGCGGUCGCCCAAAUCAUUGUCCAGAAAGCAAACGGCCUCCCGAGUAUCCGAAACAUGCUUCAUGUGAGCAAUCCAAACGUCAAGAAAACGGCAGUCUCCUUGAUCAGGAAUUUGUCUCGUAACACCUCGCUACGGAAUGAGAUAGCAAGGGAAGUCUUGCCUGAUUUGGUUGCCAUACUUCCAGAAUUUGUCUCACAUUCUGACAUUGCCAAUGAAACCACUGCUUCAGCCUGCUAUGCUUUACACAACUUAACUCAGAGCAGCUCCCAGAAUGCUCGGCUUCUCCUCAACUCUGAUGGCAUCUCAAAGGUUAUGAAUAUCAGCACAAGUGAGAGCAAACCCGGUAGAGCUGCUUCCAUCCUAUUGUAUUCUUUAUGGUCUCAUGUUGAUCUCCACAAUGCCUACAAAAAGGCUGGCUUUAAAAAGACUGAUUUUGUCAAUAACCGGACACUGAGAGCCUACAAUUCACUCAAAGACUGAAAGAGAGGAAAACCAAUCCACAGGAGACCGACGAGACCAUUUGGAAAUUUGGGCAGCCAUCUCUAGUGCACCAGCUCACCAGCAAGAAUUUCGGAGCACCUUCCAGAGGAAGCGGAUUUUAUACUUCUAGUGGAUGAAAAGGAGAAAAUGUGCCUCCUCCAAUGUUAUCUGCCUUACGCCAUGGCUUUGUAGCCAGUUUCAACUCAGGACUCUACAAAUCCCAAUUGCAACAUAGUCAAUAUUUCUACUACAAAAUCAGACAUUGAUACCAGUUGUCCAAGUUCAGAGAGUGACACUCAGCCAUAGAUUAGUUUUGAUAUUCUGUUUUACAACAAGUAGGGUUGCCAGCUCUGGGUUGAGAAACACCUGGAGAUUUUGGAGGUAGAGCCUGUCCAGGAUGAGGCUUGGGGCAGGGAGGGGCUUAAAUGGAGUAUAAUGCCAUAGAACCCCAUCUUCCAAAGCUUCCAUUUUCUCCAGGUGUACUGAUCUCUGUCACCUGGAGAUCACUUGUAAUCCCAGAAGAUCUCCAGCCUCCAGCUGGAGUUCAGUAAUCCUGAGAACGAGCCAAUCACCAAAAACAAUUGGGAUUGGGAGUUUCUGUUGCAUCAUUUUUGUUUGUUUGCGGGGAUAGGUUGCUGCUCUUUUUACUAAUCAGUGCUUUGUACAAAACUGCUUCAGGACUGGCAGGCAUCUUUGCAGCUUGUUGAAAGGGCGAGCAGAUAGACUGCUUUUGAAGCAUGAAACUAUCCUGGGUGUAAUUUUCUGCUGUACUGCUCUGUUGGCUGCUGCCUCAUGCACGUGUGUUUGCCAGAAUUUCAGAGUUUUUAAAGAAAUGUGGAAUUGAAAUAAGGAGCUGUUUUUUAAAAAAAAUGCAUAUACAUUUGGGACUGCCUUUCUGUAUUCCUUGUAAACAUCUGUACUCUUAACUUCUCACAGUUCUUUCUAGUUUGAAGACAAGAUUAAAAAUUUUAUCUUA